AUGGUCUAUAACGGAAGAUAUGUGCGGAUCUGGAAGGAUCCCCUCAAGAGCCUUGACUCUCUUCCAUUUGCGGAUGCUGCCAUUGUGGAACCAGAGCCCACGGAAGACCGAGUGAUGCACGGCGAGGUGCACCCUCCCAGUCCAAACCCUCACCUCACCCUUCCGUCCUGUGGUCAACUUGUCCACGACGCUAGUUGGGCCGCCAUCGUAUCAUCCUGUGUGCUUUUCACAGGUUUGCCGGGUCACUGCCUUCUGUCCACCAUCAUCAGCCUGGCGUGUCUUGGGUUCUUCUUGAUCCAGAGGAUCUGGGCACAAGGGGGCGGUCAGGACAAGCCCUCCCUGUCAGCCUGGCCAAACCCUGUGGUUCCUCAAGGCCAGCAUGUGACCUCAGUAGACCCCCAUCUCGGGUUUGACAGGUUCAGCCUGUACAGGGAUGAUGGAGCCCAUGUCCCUGGGCUCCCAGACAUAACAUUUCAGAACAGCCUCCUCAUGGGCCCUGUGACCUCAGCACACGCAGGGACCUACAGAUGUCAUGGUUUUUACAGCCACCUCCCCUCUGUGUGGUCAGCAUCCAGCGAGCCCCUGCAGAUUGUGGUCACAGGUCAGAGAGCUCUUGUCCAGAAUGGCUACCCACUGAGCCAGUCUUCCUAA